AUGCCCGCCCGCUACGAAAGCUCCUCCGCCAGCCCCGAGCCCCUGGCCCGGCCCCUGACCUUCCCCUUCUCCAACAAGACGGCCAAGAACCGCCUCCUCAAGAGCGCCAUGGCCGAGAACCUCGCGACCUGGAGCGCCAGCGAGCCCUCCAAGCGCGGCAUCCCCACGCCGGAGCUCGUCGAAGUCUACCGCCGCUGGGGCGAGGGUCCCAACAGCUUCGGCGUCAUCGUCACGGGCAACUUGGACAUUGAGUUCGACUACAUGAGCGGCGUUGGCGACAUGAUCAUCACCCCAGAGUGCGAACCCACCGGCGAGCGCUUCGAGGGCUUCCAGGCCGUCGCCGCCGCGGGCAAGGCCCAUGGCAGCCUGAUGCUGGCGCAGGUCACCCACGCCGGGAGACAGGUGAUGAAGAAGAUCCAGCCGAACCCCAUCUCCGCCUCGGCAGUCCAGCUGGGACCUAAGAUGGGCAUGGAGUUCGGCGCGCCCCGCGAGGCCACAAAGGCCGACAUUGCCCGCGUCGUCGAGGGCUUCGCGCACGCCGCAGAGUACCUCGACAAGGCGGGCUUCGACGGCAUCCAGCUGCACGCGGCACACGGCUACCUUAUUGCGCAGUUCCUCUCGCGCACCACCAACAAGCGCACCGACGAGUACGGCGUCCAGACGCUCGAGAAUCGCACGCGGCUCAUCGCCGAGAUCGGGCGCGCCAUCCGGGCGCGCACGUCGCCGGGGUUCAUCCUGUCGGCGAAGCUCAACAGCGUCGAGUUCCAGGACGGCGGCGUCACGCCCGACGAGGCGCGCGAGCUGUGCGAGAGCCUGGCGAAGCUCGAGUUCGACUUUCUCGAGAUCUCGGGCGGGACGUACGAGGAAAUUGGGCUAGAGUGGAUCAAGGACAGCACCCGCAGGCGCGAGGGCUUCUUCCUCGAGUUCGCCGACACCGUCGUCAAGGGGCUGGGAGACGCCGCUUCGCGCAAGACCAAGGCGUACAUCGUGGGCGGCAUGCGGUCAGUCGGGGCCAUGGUCAAGGCCCUGGACAUUGUCGAUGGCGUGUCCGUGGGCCGGCCCGGCGCGAACGAGUUCCGCAUCGCGCCCGACAUCUUGGAGGGCCGCAUCACCGGCGCCAUCCGGCCCGUCGAGAUGAUGGAGGCCGACUUUGGCUUCGACAUGGCCGCAGCGAGCGCCAACAUGCGCCUGGUCAGCAAGGGCAAGGAGCCGUUUGACCCGAGCGAUCUUGCGUCCGUCAAGGUGUUUGCUGAUGACAUGCAGGCUUGGUACGGCGAUUUAAUUGCGGACGGCGACAAGCUGGAGCAUCACGGAGCCAUCGAUUUCUCGGGGAAGACUGUGCCUUACGGAACCACUGCCACGGCCUGA